AUGUGUGGCUUCACUCUGGUGCACUGUCUUGCUUGUGGCAGCAAGGAGCUCUCAAUUGUCGCCAAAGACACGCGGCUCUGCAAUAUGGCAACGCUUCUCAACAAUCUCGACCAGGGCAUCGACUGUGCACCUGCUGCUUGCUCCACGACAAGCGAAGAAGAAACGAUCAUCUUUGCUACAAAACAACGUGUUGGGCCUUGCAAUAACUGUCGCCCAGCUACCGUGCCUGAUGCACGGGAAGAGUUGGACGAGGUCAUGCAACGUCACGCACAUCCACAGGAGAUUGGCACCUACGGAACCAACGAAGUCAGCCAACUUCAAGACCUCGUAAAGUUCCUGGAAGCACGAAUCGCAGACGGCAAAGAAUUAGCGAAUGCAUGUGAGGAAUUCCUCAACCGCACGCCAGAAGCGCUAGCACAUAUCCAGGAUCCCAUUUUUCGACAGACGCUCUCCCGUCCUGGUCCUGAAAAGUACCAAGCUUUCUAUCUAAAUGCUUUGGAACAGUGCGGAGACAUGCUGCCUAUUCUCGCAAUGUACAUUCGCAAGCGUGUGCCCAAUAAACUCUUUGUUGACACGUGUGAAUAUACUGCGGACCAAGCAAAGGUUGCGUCCGUAUUGAUGGACCAUUUUCAUCUUAUUUUUCAAUGUAUUGAAGGAUUCAUGCCAUCUAACCCAUCUGAGAACUUCAACGGUAGCGAAGCUCGAUUGGCUCUUUCUAUCGAACUGCUCUCUGGCAUGCUCCUCAAUACUGGCACGUCUUAUCCACCUGGCCAUUUGUUGCAGCCAAACUUCGUCUUGGCUUCAGGUACAGGACAGCGUUUUGCAGCCGUUGAAAAAGAGCGCCAGGCAUUCAUUUCCCUGCCCACGCCACGUCUGGUACGGCCCGCGGAGAAACAGCCUGGGCGGCUGAACCGCUCCAAACUGGCUGUCAUGAUCCACGCGGGAGUGCUGGAUGAGGAACCUGCAAGCGACAUUAAAAUCGUUCACGUUCCUUUUCCUGAGGGUGGAAAGACCAAUGUACAAGAUACAGCCGGUAAUCAGCUCAUCUUCCAAGCCGAUGGAACUUCGACGCUCAUUUGGGCUGUAGACUCGUCUAUGCCACCUGUAGAGAAGGAACAGUCUCCAAAGCGAUCUUUGCCUACGUCUUCGCCUCUAUCUUGUGCGGACAAACCUUCACCCCUUAAGCAAGGCGUUCUUUCAGGCACGACCAUAACUACGGUGUCCUACCAGCCUGAUAGUAUACCUGCUGAAGAGCCUAAAAUUCCAGAGAAGCUUAAUGCUUCUUUGUCUUCCUUGGCUAAAAAGCGAAAGCGAAGUGCAUCACCCAAACAAUUUGGCAUCACAUAUGGACUGGACUAUUCUGAUACUAUUUCAGAACCUAGCGAUGAAGAUCUAGAACCACCUCCCCACCCGGCUCGCACUUUAACAAGUGUCGUGGAAGAUAAGCAGACGGAACUUGCUACACUUCCAGUAUCUUCAUCAUCACCACAACACACCGAGGUUGGUACACAAAAGAAUUCUUCGGUUGAGAAAGUAGUGCCUAGUCCUCGACGACCAGGCACAGCGUCACCUACAGCUCCUAUAAUAUCCCAGUUGUCGCCACAAUCAACUGUACUAAUCCCAUCCUCUCCACCAGGAUCCCCGUCUCCAACAGACGUAAUUGACAAAACAGCUGUGGUACCAGAGACCCCUCUACCCGUACCACCUUCACCGACUCCGUCUGCUGCGCCAUCAUCACCACUUCCAGCACCAGCGCCAUCAAUCUCCGCCCAUAAUGCUCCUCCACCCCUUUCGCGACGCUCAACGCGCAUCCGGAAGCCUCCUGUUCGUUACGGGCAGGAUGAAUUUGCAGGUUUGCUUCCCGCGCGAAAGCGGACGAAGAGGUAG